CUACAAUAUUCAUCUAAGUCUAAGCUCCUUAUCUAUUUAAGAAACAACAUAACCAAUAUAAGAGAGUGAGAACCUUUAUUACUAUUGUCACAAGAAAAUGAAUAUGGGGUGGCUUUAUCAUCUUGUCCUUAUUUUCUCUCUGUCUCUCACUGUUUUUGGUGAACAAACCAUUGAGCUUCUAAACCUAUGUGAAACAAGCCAAGACAUUGCAAAAGCCUCAUCACAAAAUGAGCUUCCUAUAGCUGUUUCUUUGAACAAUGAAGACCUAAAUGAGGUCUCUAGCAACAUUUUAUCAGCUGAAACUUGGCUUAGGUCCAAUGUUUUCCCAUUUUACCCUUCAUCCAAAAUCACCAACAUUGUUGGAAAAACCUCAGCUUUCUGCCAACAAAACAACAACCUCAUUGUUGUUCUAUCUGCUUUGAAAAAUCUCUAUCACUCACUCACAAGAUGGGGUUUGGAAAAAAACAUAAAAGUUUCCAUUGCUUUUCAUUUACACUGUUUCACACUAAACUCACCUACUCAAACACAUGAUUUCAAAUUGCUCAAACAUAUGACCCAUUUUCUCCAAACAGUAAACUCCACAAUCUCUCUCAUCCCACCACAUUCAGAUUUCUCAGAUAAAAAUUUGAACUUGGUCACUACCCAUUUAGAAUCCAUGAAAAAGUUUGGAUUUUUCAACCUCAACAACAUAAUAAAUGUUGUUUCCAAUGUCCCAAAAGAGGGAAAAAAAACUAUAACUAGAAAACUUUCAGUUACCACAAUCCCAAUUAGACCAACCCCAUUUCCUGAAAUUGCUGAACCCCCUUUGGAUUUUCCUGUUGGCUAUCCUAUUCCUUCAAAUUUUCCCACAACAAAACCUUUACCUCCUUUAGCUCAAGUAGUUUCUUCACCACCACCAAUUUUUUCUCCCAAUUUUGCCCCUCAAAAUCCACCAAACCCACAUUUUGUUUCUCCAGCUAGUUCUCCUCACUAUGGUUUCAAUUAUCCACCUUGCAAUCCAAGAGAUAGUGAUUCACCUUCACCACAAAUUGUUCCUGUUCAAAAACUUUGGUGUGUUGCAAAGCCUAGUGUUCCUGAAGAAACACUUCAACAAGCUUUGGAUUAUGCUUGUGGAGAAGGUGGUGCUGAUUGUUUGGAAAUUACUACUCCUGAAGGGAAUUGUUAUUACCCUGAUACAUUGGUUUCUCAUGCUUCUUAUGCUUUCAAUAGUUACUGGCAGAAGCAUAAGAUAAAUGGUGGAACUUGUAACUUUGGUGGAACUGCUAUGUUGAUUAAUUCUGAUCCAAGUUUCCUUCACUGUAGGUUUAUUCUGAGCUAGAAUCAAGUGAAAAAAGAUUUGUUCCUGCACCUUUAUUAUUAUUUUAAUUAAUGUAGUUAAUGUAGAGAAUCCUAUGUUAAUGUUAAGGUAACUUUGGCUUUUUGAUUGAUUUUGUUGCUACAUGUUGGCUGGUUUAUCUAUAAACUAUUAUGUGGACCAAUUUGAAGAAUUUAUUACUCAGAAACUACUACUAAUUGAGUAUUAUGGAUCAACUUGAAGAAUAUUGAGCUUAAUUGUUA